AUGGGUAGGACUGUGGCCAAAAAAUCUUUAAGGGGGAGAUCUCUGACCCCAAGGGGUAAGAGAUCUACUGUGGGGGUCAAUGAGGACGUGGGUGAGCCGGUUAGCCGGUCGGAGUCGCUGUACUUUUCGGACGGCGACUCGGACGGGUCAAUCUGGCUCCCGGACGUCAGGGUAGGUGGGAAGGAGCGGGGUCAAGCCCCAAAAAGGAAGGCGUCGGAGGACGUGGAGGAGGCCGAAAGGGCCUCCAACAAGGUCUCCUCUGUCUCGAGGGGCCGAGCGGUGACCAGGAGCUCUUACACGGGCACGGCCGAGACAAAAGAAAGGCUGCGCGACCUGUCAGCUGAAUACGCCCAAUUCGAGCGCGAAAUGGACAAGGCUGGCAGCAGCAAUUAUUUGAGGGAAAAAGAGGGGAAUAAGAAGGGGUGCCUGGUGGACGAGCACCUGGAGGUUGUGAGGGCGGCUGCUCAGAGGGUCUUAGCGGAGGCCGGAAAAUCAGGGAACUUGAAAGGGACGGCAUGGCGGGCCAUGAACGAGGCCUGCCACGAUAUAAUUGUAGCAGCGGGCAAGAUUGAGGCCCAAUGUGAGGAGUCGGAGGCUGUCCGCAUCCUAAGAGCGGACAAUAAGAGGAUGCGGGAGCAGCUUUCGCUCCUCCAACAGGAAACCAAGGCCCUGCGUACGGCCUUUGCCGAGCGCGCAUCCUUGGCGCCUACUGAGGCCCAGACAGCGGCGGGUGUCCCCUCCCUUGAGGACAUCAAGGGUCUCCUUUCGGAAUGGAGGGAGUCCUUUGAAAGGAACAUGUUCCUCAAGCUGGGGGGCAUGGUUAACGACCGCCUCAAGGAGGCGGAGAAAAGGGGCUUGUUGGCUCCUGAACCGAUUGUUCGGCCGCCUUUGGCAGCCGACAGGAAGAAGGAGGCCGAACCACAGGCCCCUAAAACCGGGCCAAGUUACGCCGGCGUAGCUGCGGGGGCUACCCUGAUGCCCCCAGCACGACCUGGGCCUGCACCCAAAGUUGCACCCAAAGCUGCCCUGGCUAAAAAGCAGUCCAAACAGGGAACGGUACAGGCCCAGGCACCCGCCGAACUUCCUACUGCUGUAGUACCUCCGCCUCAGGAAGAUGAACAAGGGUGGGCUGAGGUGGUCAAGAGGGGGAAAAAGAAGAGGAGUAAACCCUCCCCUUCUACCCAGCCGAAGCCUACCCAAAUGGAGGCCCCCAAGGCGAGCGCACAGCCGCCUAAAAAGAUUAGGUUCACCCCACCUAAGACUUCGGCGGUGGUGGUGACCCUCAAGCCGGAAUCCAAAAUGGACUAUCGAGCGGUGAUAACGAGGGCCACCACCAUCGACCUUUCGUCGAUAGGGGUGAACCAUGUGUCGGCGGUUCGCGGCACGGCAACGGGGGCCCGAAUUAUCGAAAUACCCGGAGCUAAUAGCGGGGCUGCGGCGGACAGCCUCGCAGAGAAGCUCCGGGAGAUCAUCGGCAGCGAGGCGGAGGUGUCAAGGCCGUUUAAGGCGGCACAAAUUAGGGUCUCUGGCCUUAAUGAGGGAAUAACGCCGGAGGCCCUAACAGAGGCCACAGCGAGGGCGGGAAAAUGUCUACCGGGACAGAUCAGGGUGGGUAAUAUCCGUAUGGCGCCGGACAUGACGGCGUCGGUGAUCAUCACCUGCCCUGUGGCGGCUGCCAACGCCCUCAUAGACGAGGGGCGUCUCCUCGUCGGUUGGACGGCCGCCAAGGUCAGGGGGCUGGAGGCCUUGCCCAUGCGGUGUUUCCGGUGCAUGGGCAUAGGCCACACUAGAGCCCUCUGCCCGUCCCCGGUGGACAGGUCGGAAUUAUGCCAUCGCUGUGGCAAAACAGGACACAUCUCCUCAGAGUGCGGGGCCAGCGAACCCUGGUGCGCGGUGUGUUACGCACACAAGAUGGCCGCCAAACACGUAAUGGGCGGCCCCUCGUGCAAUCCCCCGCGCACGCGGGGCAAACUGGCCCCCUCAAAUAAGGGAACCUCCGAGGGCGCCACCAUGGAGCACUGA